CCGCCCCAACGGCUUUCUCUUCAAAAGCUCAGGCAAGCUAAGCUGACCGCUCCCGGACCGCAGUCGCGGACAAGCCAGCACCGCCUCAGAAAGGGCCCUUCUGGUCGAAAGGCCAGUCCCUUGAAGUCCUCGUCGCGGUCUUCGCCGCGCGCGGUCCGUCCACCCUGGCCGACAUGGCCAACUCGUUCAAGCGCUUCCUCACCAUCUUCGGCUACAAGCUGGACCGCAAGUGGGGAAACUUCAAGGCGCGCGUCAAGGAGAAGACCGACAAAGGCAACGCGGCGUCGUGGAGCAGCGUUCGCUCGCCCAUCGACAACCUGCGCCGCAAGAAGAAGAACGGCUUCGGCAAGCUGGACGACCGCAACGUCGUGACCCAGGAGUUGCCGGCCUUCGGCGCCUACUGCCAGUACUGACGCCGCUACCCCUUCGAUUGCCUUCUUCCAAGCCUGAAACCCAGUUCAACUCGAGGUGUCCUCUUUCGCUCAUCUUAGAACCAAGCUGUCUUGAUCCUGGAAACCCUGC